AUGUCGGCUGGACCUGGACUGGAAUCCCUCGUAGAUCAGACAAUAUCAGUCAUUACAAAUGAUGGACGUAAUAUAGUGGGUGUCCUAAAAGGCUUUGACCAAGCAACAAAUAUAAUUCUUGACGAGUCACAUGAACGAGUUUAUUCUACCAAGGAAGGUGUCCAGCAGCUUGUUCUAGGUUUAUACAUAAUUAGGGGUGACAACAUAAGUGUUGUUGGUGAACUGGACGAGGAUCUAGAUUCCAAUCUAGAUUUGUCCAAGCUUAGAGCCCAUCCCUUGAAGCCCGUGAUCCACUGA